AUGUCCGACCCAGAGCCCCAGCAGCUCGUUCCCUCAGGCGCUGAGGUCCAGCCCCGGCGCUUGGGUCCCUGUCCCGUGGCUGCGUCCCCAGUGGUCCCGCGCCUAGCUCGGGGACGCCUGGAGUCCUCCUUUUCUGUCGAGGCUAUCCUGGCGAGACCCGAGACCCGGGAGACAGCUGCCACCCCUCUGCAGCUCUCUUCCUGCUCCAGUCUGAACCUCAGCUCUCUGUCACAAUACCGGGUCCUGCCCUGGGUGUGCUCCGCAGCGACUUGGCUGCCGGCCUACCUGAGCAUGGGCGUCUACCCGCUGUGCUCCACGCCCUGCGUACCUGGACUGAACGUGGCUCGCCUUUUCUGCCAGCAGGGCCUCAGCCUCACAGGCUCAGAGCUCCGUUACUGUCCAGGCCUCUGGAGCCCUCUGGACUGGGCUUCUACCGUGGACCUUCAGGACACAGAGAGACACCAAAAGAGGGUCCGCACGAUGUUUAACUUGCAGCAGCUGGAGGAGUUGGAGAAAGUGUUUGCAAAGCAGCACAACCUGGUAGGGAAGAAGAGAGCCCAGCUGGCUGCCAGGCUGCACUUGACAGAGAACCAGGUGAGGAUCUGGUUCCAAAACCGCAGGGUGAAGUAUCAGAAGCAGCAAAAACUGAAAUCUCCGUCCUCCUCUGCCAUGGAAGAGCCCUCCAGCAGCUCAGAUGGCAACAUCCAGAAUGAAGAUGCUGAGUCAGGAGUUGGCAGUUAA